AGGUUCCGACACCUAUCGACUACGGUCUCGAGUAUGAAGAGCCGGUACUGAUGACACCGGAUGGCUUCAAGCUGCGAUGCUACCUUCUGAGGCAGAAGAAGGAUCUCAGUUCCCUUGGCGUGACUGCGGUGGACAUGCCUGAGCAGUCGGAUGAAGAGUUCGCGUCAAGACGCCCUGUAGUGAUGAUGUUCCACGGGAAUGGGGGCAAUGUCGGGCAUCGGAUACCUCUUGCCAAGGUCUUCUACGCCAAAAUGCGAUGCAACGUCUUCAUGCUGUCUUACCGAGGGUACGGCCAUUCGGAAGGUACACCGUCGGAGAAAGGAUUGCAGACGGACGCUCAGUGCGCGCUCGACUUCAUCCGCGCCCACCCCUUCCUCUCGAAGUCACCCGUCAUAUUGUACGGUCAAUCAAUAGGCGGCGCCGUAGCCAUCGAUCUAGCAAGCCGCAAUCCCGCCGCUAUCCGCGCACUCGUCCUCGAGAACACCUUCCUGUCCCUCCCGCGCCUCGUGCCGAGCGCGUUUCCGGUCCUCGGCCCCAUCUCGUUCCUCUGCCACCAGAAGUGGGACUCCGCAUCGAAGGUGCCGCUAAUUCCGCGCGACAUCCCUAUCUUGAUGCUCUCAGGCGUGCGCGACGAGGUCGUCCCGCACGAGCACAUGAAGGACCUCUGGGAGGUCGUGCAGAAGCGGACGCUGGCGGGGAAGGGCGCCGGGGGCGAGGAGGUGCACGAUGGGAUGAGAGUGCACGAGGCGUGGGGACGUGGGGGCUACUCGAAGUUUAUGGAGUUUGAGAGGGGGACGCAUAAUGAUACGUGCGUCCAGCAAGGAUACUGGUCGACUAUCGCCGAGUUCAUUGAGGGUCUGCAUUGAUGCAUUUGAGCAUAAUACCAUAGCUUUUCGCCCCGAAUCUGCCCCUGCCUUAUCACUAUCGCCCGUCGCACGCGCCACGUUCACUUACAUUCACUGUUUUUUCUCUUGUAAUUUGGAUGUCCGUCAUCUUGUAACAUCAUGGUCUUCGUCGUGGGGUAUGCCAGGUGUUUCUGCGACGUCGUCAUUGAUACGG